AUGAAGUUCUUCGGUGGUAGUAAGAAACCUUCAUCCGCCGUCCUCCCCCACGAAAUCGUCCACAUCCAGCAAGUCGGCGAAAAAAUCGUCGGCCAGGCCCACGUCCACCUCCGCGUCCACCACGUCCACGGCUGCGUCGCACAAGGGUUCGACCAGAGACUCGUUGACAAAAUCUUCGUCGUCGCCGCGCCGCUCUCGACUCUCCCGGCAUUCAACCGAGCCGACGACGUCGUCCUCGUCCUCGUCCUCCCGCCGCAGCAACAAAUUCGAUAG